CAUGUUUUGAUUGCGCAACAUCGAUCCUUCUAUGACAUUUGGAGCAAGCGCUGAGGUUAAUACAUUCUCAGUCAUUGCGAUCUUCAGAGAGGGGCAAGAACGCAUCAAUUAUCAGCAUUCAACACCCUUUUCUCGGACGUUUAAUGAGGAACAAGGGACAAGGAAACGACAUCUCAAUAAAUUGAUGUUAGUGAUAUUGCAUUGCACAUAGUGAUCAAUUGCAUUUGCAACUUGAAGUUUUAAACUACAGAGUACAGAGACCAGGCAGAGGCGGAGUUAUAUUUGUUAACGUUAGAAUUGUUAAAAAAGUUUUAAAGUCUUCUCAGGCUCAGCUCAGCUUAGAGUUAGACUUUACCGCACGACUCAUCCACUCACUCAGCAUUACACUCUUCAAGAUUUAAAGAUGUCUGACACUGCAAACAUCACUUUGCCAUCUUCAACCUACAGGACCCCAUCAGGAUUGGCGUAUAUAAAAUUGCCCCAAGGCAUCAUUGAACUUCUGGAAGUGCUCACAUGUCUCGGAGCUCUGUUGGGUAUAGCAAUCCAACCUGACAAGGCAGAGGAUGAAUCGUCAUACUGGCAUCUCCAAGCAGCCUGCGGAGGAUUCCUUGGCGUCACGGCCAUCCUCAUCCUCCUCUACGUAUUGGAUGUUCCCCAGAAGACAACCCGCUUCCCAUGGAGCAUGCUGCAAGUAUUCUACUGCGCUGGAGCAGCAGUAGCUCUCAUGUCUCUUGCUGGCCAUGUUGCAGCCAACACUUUUGGACAAGCCGGAAUCAUUGUUGCUGUCGUUCUUUCCUUCAUUGCAAUGAUAUUGUACUUCAUCGAGAUCUUCUUCGCAAUCCGUGCCUGGAAACGCAGCAUCAUUGCUGAGACACUUCGACUGGUCGAGGAGGGGAAGCUAGGAGUCAGUGCACCCCCUUCUGCUAUGAAAGAGAACAAUGCCAUCUAAAGAGCUUCCAAGCCUGACCGUUUGGGCAUUCAGUUUUAAGGAGCUUAUAUUCUCGUAUAAUUUUUAAGCUACUCUAUAGAAAUCAGUUACAAAAUGUUUUUCCAAAAUUAUUUUCAUUGGUAAAAAACCAAAUAUUGGUUUAAGAAUGUGUCAUUUAAACUUUAAUGUAUGUUAUAGAAUUAUCAUAAUCUUUCCUCUGUUGUUUCCCUCUGAGGGAAGGGAUUGGAUUGGGCUCAUCUUUUCAUUCCUCAUCAUAUGCUUCAAUUGUUCACUAAUUCCAAAGCCUAUUCCUUUUCCAUCCUCCUUGAUGUGAUCCAACCACCUUUCCAUCUAAAACAUGACUCUGAAAAUAACAUUUGAUUUUCUCAAAAUUCUUUCAUUUGCACUUAUCAAUAGCAAACUCGCGAA